AUGUUGUUUGGAUGUUUAUUGUCGCACAAAAAAUGUAUUAAAUUAUAUAAUCGCGAUAUAGAGAGACAGCUGGGCAGCACGGUAAUGGCAUCAAUUGAUACUAGCAAGCGUAAACCUAGACGCACACACGGCACACCGUCCUUUACAUAUCGUAAUCGUUUUGCCUACGCUCUACUUGCCGCCGGUUCGGUGCUUUUCGGGAUUUGGAGCCUGACGCCCAUGCAACGCAUUGCCAACGAGAAGCUGUGCAAGGACCUGUUGACAGUCACCGAACAGGAGAAAGAUCGUCACGCUUUGUUUGAUUUCUCCGCGCCACGCCCCGCAAAAUUCAUCAGAGAAGCCAUCGAGGAGAGCGAGAAAUUGCGCACGGAACGCUAA